AAAGUACUUGUGAAAGUAACCAUUUCUAAAUAUUAAUUUUACAUCAUUAGUUUGUUUACCUUAAAAUUAAAACGGUGUUUGGAAUACCGUUUUCCACGUGCAGAAUCUAUUAACGCUAUAGAUCCGUAAGUGCACGUACUAUUUAGCAACCUGCACUUAAUUGAACAAUUUUUAUCUUAAUUAUGGACGUGGAAAAAUCAAGCAGCAGUUCAUUUGAGGAUCUAACCAAUGCCGAGGACACCCAGGAUGCACGCGACUCAGAGGCCGUCAAAUCUCAUGCAGCACCAGCUAAUGUAAAAGUUGAAGAUGAUGUUGAAGGAGCAGAAGAGGAUGGGGAGCCAGCGCUGGAAGAUGAGAAUGAAUGUGACAUCUUGGGUAACAAGCAGUUGAUAAAGCGCAUUAUUAAAAAAUCUCCAGCAAAUGCAAAGCGUCCAAGUCGUGGUGAUUUGGUUAAGGUUAGAUUUACGGCUAAGCUAGAUGAUGGCACUGUUGUAGAACAGGAAGACAAUUUUGAAUGCCAUGUUGGUGAUUUGGAGAUAGUGCAGGGGCUGGACAUGGUGCUUCCCAUGAUGCAUGUGGGCGAAGUGUCGGAAAUAAGCGUUGAUGCACGUUUCGGUUACGGCGCUAUUGGACUGAAAAAAGAUAAUUCCACGGAUGUACUAAUACCACCAGAGGCUCAUCUUAGCUACGAAAUAGAACUAUUAGAGGUGAAGUAUGAAGAUUUUGCGGAUCUAAAGUCGUUUGAAGUGCUGCGCAAAUACGGGGCUAGGAAAAAGGAGCGCGCUAACUAUUUCUACAAGCGCUUGGAAUAUAACAAUGCCAUCAAUUUGUACAGACGUGCGCUAGACUUUUUGGAUCAUCGUGAUGGCGAUCCAGAUGCUGAGUUUGAUAAAGAAGAUCUGGAACUUUCGAACAGCGAUUUACAAACACUAUUGGAAGACCGCUUAAUUGUUUACAACAAUCUAGCCAUGGCUCAGAUUAAAAUAGGUGCCUUCGAUGCCGCGCUCUCCUCCGUUGAGCAUGUGCUGCGUUGCCAGCCCAAUAAUCCAAAGGCUUUGUAUCGCAAGGGCAGAGUACUUGAGGGCAAAGCAGACACACAAGGCGCUAUAAAACUUUUGCAAAAGGUUGCCACACUGGAACCAGAUAAUCGCGCUGUCCAGUCGGAUUUGGCUAGACUUUUUAUCAAGGCGCGCCGGGAGGAGCACAAUGAAAAGGAAAUGUAUCAGAAAAUGCUUGGACAAGCCAAGAAAAUGGAACAGAAGACUACUGUUCGCCAAAAGGCGCCACUGGUAGACAACACCAAGCUUAAAUUGCUUGGAUUCCUUAUGGGUUCCAUACUGAUUGGUGUUGCUGGUGUUGCUCUAUAUCGUUACAAAUACUGAGUAUGAGAAUCAAAAAUGCAGUGUUUAGUAUGCUAGCGUACUUUGAGCUAUUUAAAUGCAUUUUUGUCCUUAACGAUAUAAACAUAUUAAUCUAUAUGUGUGGCAAAAUUAUAAACGUUGGAAACUACUCACUUAGUUGCUUAUUUGUAAUAAUUGCUCUUGUUGUACUCUACACACAGCUAAUGGUAAUUUUAAGACGAAUGGUAUGGUUUUUGGAUACAUGUAACGUUAAAUCAUUAUUGUAAACUUAUUUGCAAAAUAUACAUAACUACAAAAGCCUUUUAAACAA